UAGGUCAUACUGAGACAGGUACUUUCACUUAAUUUUGUCAAUGAAUCUUAAGCACUGUAAUAUUGUUUUGGGAUAUUAUUCUGAUGCUAUAAGUACCUAGGAACCAAAAUAAUUCGUCUGUGACACUAAUUAUGUUUUGCGUCAUGAAUUCGUUGGGGGGAAUGGCAAAAUGGCAGGAAGCACUGUGUGUGUACAUUAAAGCCACCGUUAAAGGGCCGGUGCCCACUAUCAGAGAGGAAGAGAGACUCGCUCAUACGAAGGUCGGCAUUGCCACACUCCACUGAGUACUUCUUACCUGUGUGUGCAUAUUUUAAUAGUCUGACGGAGAGAGAGAAAGAGAGAAAAAGGCCAAUCUACCUAUAAGGUUUUUUUUUCUUGAAUGGAAUAAGACAAACUGGUGUGCCUCAUAGUUUGAAAUUUUAUUGAUUACUGGUGGUGUGAAAUUUUGAAAAGAAAAAUUUUUCUGAUUGAGAAUAUUUGAUUGGAAAUAAAAAACAUUUCUAUUUUUGUGAAGUUGCAUAAAGUGAAGAAUUAGCAAAAGAAGUGGAUUUUUCUUUUUACAUGUGCUGUGGAAUUAAAUUUGUGAACACAGAAGAAUGAUUUUUUUUAAGUUUGGGAAGAAACAAGAUACAAAGUGAUUUUUUUUCCUGAUAUAUGCCAAUAUUGACCAGUGAUUUGUGGGGGAAAAAAUUCGGACCUUAGACCAGUGCCACUGAUAGACCUGUGUGUGCCGACUGUGACUUCUGCAGUUGUAACUCAGACGUGGAAUGUUUACUGAUUACAAAUACAAGCAGAUUUGUUAACGACUUGACAGCAGUGGCAAUCCACUAUUCCAUUCAGCCAGGGACAAGUGAAAAUUGAUUGGUCCAUGCAUCAAACCAAAGGCUCUGUUACAGCUCCAGCACUCUUUUCAAGGUGUGAUGGAAAAAGGCACAGAAUGUAUCUGUGAUGACUGGAGAUAAUUUUGUAUUCCACUAUGCCUGCAGCAAGGAGGGUCAUUAUCUUCUGUGUUCUUCUUUGUGCUUCCUUACCAAUUCCAUCAGCUGCAAAAGUUCAAGAGCAACCAUUCCCCAAAGAAUAUGACUUCAGAUAUACUACUUUUGAAGACCUUGAGGAGGACAACAACACAUUCCAGAUAUAUACCCAUCCGGACAUUGUAGGGUCUGUCCAGGCCACUAUAGACAGUGCCCACGACCAGCUGAUAGUAGGAGCUAGGGAACAACUUUGGAGGUUUUCUCUGCAAGAUUUGAGCCUCAAGGAAAAUGUAGAGUGGAAUUCAACGAACAGAGAUGUCUGCGUGUGGAGAGGAGAACAAAAGAGUGACUGCUACAACUUCAUCAAGAUCUUGUUGGUCCACAAGGAUGAGAUCUUGGUGUGUGGCACGAACGCCUUCGACCCACGGUGCACCUGGAGAGCUGCUGACAAUUUGACCGUCAUCAUUGACACAAUUGAUAAUGCUGAUGGUUUCUGUCCGUUCAGUCCCAAACACAACUCGACGGGGAUCAUCACAAGCAAGCGCGAGUACAUCAGCGCCACCUCAGUGGACAGUGCUGAGAGGGAUCCGGUCAUCUUUAGGAUCUUACCCAGCGACUCCAGGCUCCGCACCCGGCAAAACUCUAAAUGGCUUAACGAACCAGAUUUUGUGUCUGCCUAUGAAGUGGAUAACUUCAUUUAUUUCUUUUUCCGAGAAGUAGCUACUGAAUACAUCAACUGUGGCAAGAGAAUCUAUGCAAGAGUAGCGAGGGUUUGUAAGUCUGACAAGGGAGGCGACAUGCAUUUCAAGGAUAACUGGACAACGUACCUGAAAGCGAGGCUGAACUGCUCCAUACCCGGGGAAUAUCCUUUCUACUUUGAUGAACUCCAGAGCACGUACCUCCUACAGAGUAACAAUGAGUCGCUGUUGUAUGGGGUCUUCACUACGCCAGACAAUGCCUUGCCCGGGAGUGCUGUCUGUGCAUUCAAUAUGUCUGCCUUCACCACUUCAUUUGAUGGUCCAUUCAAAUAUCAGGAGGGUGCUAGGUAUGCCUGGGAGAGGCACAAUAACAAGGAGCCAUCUCUUCAAAAGUGUCCAGAGAGCAGUACUUUGAAGCGGUCCUCCCAGUCUACAGAAACAGAGAAACACAGUAAAUACCAGAUGAUGGACAACGCAGUCCAGCCUCACACCCUGUCACCAGUCCUUCUGGGACCAACAGAAAGGUGGUCCCAUGUAGUGGCAGAUACAGUGGUGGGGAAAACGGGAACCUUCAAUGUGAUGUUUCUGGCCACCACUACGGGAGUAAUUCGAAAAAUGCUGAAUCUGCCAACAGAAAAGGAGCCUUGUCUGAUCGAGGAAAUCAAAGUAACUCCAAAUGGAGACUUUAAGCCAAUCAAACAGCUCAGAAUCUCAAAAGAGCAUAAUGCUCUCUAUGUGUUCAUUUUAAACAAAGUUAUGAGAAUUCCAUUACACCGGUGUGAGAGGUUUUCCUCAGAGGAGUUAUGCCUGAAUGCAAUGGAUCCCUACUGUGGUUGGGAUUCGGGAGAGAGCAGGUGCUCUCCUGCUCCCAAUGGUGAUCCCAGCUUGUCCUUCUGGAAACAGGAUGUUUCAUCAUGUCCCGUACAUAAACAUCCAGUCGAUGGACAGUGGUCUAACUGGUCGGCAUGGACGUCCUGUAGUCAGGCAGGGAACAACCCCUCCCAGGGGAACUGUCUGUGUCGGCUGCGGAGCUGUGAUGAUCCACCUGCUCUGUACGGGGGCAAAGAUUGUGAGGGGUCAGCAGUGGAGGUAGCCAACUGUACAAUUCAUGGACAAUGGUCUGAGUGGACGUCUUGGUCCAAAUGUUCUACAACUUGUGGAAAUGGUCAGCAAACAAGGUCACGGUCCUGUACGAGCCCGCCCCCCAUGAACGGCGGUGAUGACUGUAAACCGCUGAGCCGUGACGAGGAGUUCAAAGCCUCGGUCAGACCCUUCUGUGUCGGAAACCCAGCUUGUCCAGAGCCUCCUGUGAAUGGGAACUGGUCCGCUUGGACACCCUGGUCAGACUGUACGGCAAAGUGUAACGGGGGGAUCCAAACCCGCCGUAGGUCCUGCUCUAACCCCCUUCCUCAGCGAGGGGGACAGUCCUGUGCAGGGAACAUUAACGAAUGGAGAAUGUGCAAUAGUUAUACAUGCAAAGAUGAGCAGAAGCUUACUCAGUGGACUCCCUGGUCAAAUAUAAACCAAACUGCAAGUGGUUACUGGGUUCAGAGGUACCGCUUUGCCUGCACGGCAAGUGUUCCAGACCCGAAACUCAUCAAGACCAGUCAUGUCAAAACUCAUACUCGCUUCUGUACAAACAGUACAUGUUACAAACCAGAUGCAUUAGUCUAUAACUCUUCCGUGGAUGGUGAUUGGUCAUAUUGGAGCACGUGGUCACGCUGCUCUGCGGACUGUGGGACUGGACAACGGUGGAGGUCAAGGUCAUGUGACAACCCGGAGCCCGCGGGUUUUGGACAAGAUUGCCUCGGCCCUUCAACGGAAUUCGCAACUUGCAACGAGCAAGAAUGUCUUGCUACGUGGGGACCAUGGUCUGUCUAUUCAACCUGCUCUGUGUCGUGUGGAUCCGGUACUAGAAUCCGCUUCCGGUCCUGCCAGAUACCCUAUGUCGGCUUCAACAGUAGUAUAGACAUUGCCUGUGUGGGGAUCAGCGAGGAGUCCGAACCUUGUGUCCAACAAGUCUGUAAUGACACAGGCCUGUGGGACGUUUGGUCGGCAUGGUCAGAAUGUACCCCAGACAGAGUACAGUUCCGACACAGAGCGUGUCUGGAACACACCCCGGAGGAGUGUCGGGGUCAGAGCGUGGAGGUCCAGCCCUGCUUCUUCCUGGGCGCAGGAACUGUCCUGAAACAGACGUCUAUGGGAUACAGACGUGAGUAUACAAUGAUCCAUCUUACUGUCGUCGGCUGCGCAGCUUUCUUCAUGGGCGUGGUCAUCUGUGUGGGAAUAUACAUCUGUUUCCACAACUGGAAGAGCAUCAGAAGCUACGACUUACAAAGACCAGCCAAUGAAAACGUCUACGACAAGCCUCGUUUUGGAUCGUUUGCGUCACAGCUGAGUCUUGACUUUUUGACGGUGAACAACAAGGUGUAUGAUUCGUGCACCUUGUCGUCACGUGGUACAGCCGUGAUCAAAGACAACACGUUUAGAAAAGACAAAUAUAAUAAAAAUUUCCCGGAGAAUAUGUACGCCACCAUACGGACUAAUCAUUCCUUAAGGACAGAGGUGUAGAAAGUUGUUCAUGUCCUUGCAGAGAUGUGUUCGAUUUGAUAUAACUUGAAUUCACCCGCGAAAUCGAAUACAUUUCUCUCAUUUUUAAUUUAUGUAAAACAACUUGAAUUCUUGACGUUUUUUUUUUCUUUUAAAUAUAAUUUCCAAACGGUAUUUGUUGUAUGAAAAUCUGAUGAAACGUUAGAAACACGUGUAGCUGCCACUUCUACAUGUAAAGGUUGGAGUAUUGCACACAAAUUAAGAAUUGCGUCACAUAGUUACAUAAUAGCCUUAAGUCAUAAUUUUUCAAUCUGUUACAUGCAAUGUAUUUCUUUAAAUUAAAACAAAAUUGUCACUGCGCAAAAGCUCUUAAUAUAUGCAUACAUGCAGAAGAGUGUCGUUUAAAAGUCUAGUCUAAUAGGAUUAUUUUUACAAAUUUAGUAACUACUCUAUCAUUUAGCUACGAUAUUCUCCAUCAUAGAUUUUUGUGCGUGUAGGGAAUUUUUUCAGCGCUUGAUAAAAUAUUUCAUUUUUAUCACGAAUCAAUACGAGAGGUUUCAUAUUUGUUUGUGUAUUUGUUUGUGUUUUUAUUUAACUUUAUUUGAUUAUGAAUUCAUGUUAUUUUAAUUUAUAAGCAAUUGGUUGUGAGAAUAUUUGACUGUGAUCCGCCAUUAGAGACACCGUAGUUGACCCAUGGUGUGUCUGUGCAUUCAUUUCAUCAUGUUUACAUCAAGAUCAGUAGAUUUACGUCAUAGGAAGGCACGGAUGUAGUAAAUAGGAACCUUUGCCCCCAAAAAUGCACUUAAUGAACGAGUUUUAGCAGUACGUAAUCUGACAGUAAAUGUUGAGCAAGUUAAUGAUUGAGUGCAAACAGAAUUCGUGUUGAUAGAUUGAAUUAUCCUUUCUAGGUACAUGUUUCGUUUGUUACUACCAUACCAUCUUCCUAUAAGAUUGGGCAGCUAUAUGUAGCCAGUGCAACCCAACGCCAGCCCCUUUUUUUAAUACACCCAUGGCUCCAGGGAAUGGGGGGGGGGGUUAAAUGGUAACAGUAAAGAUCGGGGAAGGAGUCACAGAAAAAGGUAAAAAUCGAUCUGGUAAAAGACAACUGUAAACUGAAAAGUUUUAGAUUUUCUUGCGGUCGUAUCAUUCAAAGUGAGUUUAAUUUCCUUUAGUAAAAAGUAAAGAAGACAAUUUUAUUUCAUGGAAGAUCAGUGCAAUGGAUAUCGCCACCGUUUCCCUUCUUGAAGGGACGACUACAUUGGUUUGACGAAGUCGGAAUAUAUUUUUUGGUAUCUUAUAGUACAUCCGUGAUAUCAUUUUACUUUUGUUUAUGUUUUAUGUGUAUGUUGCUGUAUAUAUACGAAUCAACGUUGUCACUACAAAUUGUUAAAUUUGCGUUCUUGACAUUAUAGAAAUGAGAAAUAUGAGCUGCAAUUUUUCAUGUCGUAUAUUUUUGUUGAAAAAAAUGAUUUAUUUUUUUAAAUGACAAACAAUAUGAUUUAAAUAAAAUUCUGUUACUCAAAUUUGUGCAAAAACAGUAAAUUAGAUGAUUUGAUUGAAUUUACAUGUAAGUGAACUUUUUUGUUGCAAAAAUUGGUUUGCUUUAUAAACCAUAGCAGAGAAAUCUUUCAUUAAAUAAUGUGAUAAAAUAUAACGAUUUGUUUAGAUCUUGAAAAUCAUAAAGGUUUAUGUUUCAUGCAAAGGCAUCAUAAUGGCACAAUUUUGCAGCAAAAAUAAAAUUUUGAAGAAAUACAGCUCAUGCUACUAUAUAAAGGAGUGAUAUAUUGAAUGUUUACUUUUUAUGAUUGUGUAAAUGUAUGAGUGUAUUUAUCAAUAUUUAUCAACAAGUUACAUGCAUCAUCAUUUUGGUCAAAUAAAAAAAUUGUCAGAACUUUUGUUGCUUUCAGUCAGUAAAUUUAAAGACUUUUAAAAUAACACACUGGGAAAACAUCACUUGAAUUAAAAGUAAGUUAUUUAAUUAUGAAAGAUACAUGUAAUGAUUAAUAAACUGUACUUAUAUGAAAUAAGGGAAAAAUUGGCAGUUUGGGGAUAAAAAACAACAAAAGCUCCUGCAGGAUACCCAGCUAUGGAGUAUGAAUGUUGUUGCCGUUGAUAAAAUUCUCUUAAUAAAAUGAAAUGUCGUUUCGAUCAGAGGUCAGCCAUUUUGUGAUGAUAUGUUAAUGGAAUGAAGUAUCACCCUAUAAAUUACUUAUCCUUCA